UUUGAGGAGGUGGCCGUGCAUUUCUCGGAGGAGGAGUGGGCUCUGCUGGAUCCAGGCCAGAGGACUCUGCACAAAGAAGUCAUGGCGGAGAAUCGUGGGAUCCUGGCCUCUCUGGGUAAGGAAUGGAUGAAAGCAUUGUAUGGCAUGUGUGAAAAACAAUUCACUUUCAACUCAGAACUUAAGCGGCAUAAAAGAAUUCACACUGGGGAGAAGCCCUAUAAAUGCUUAGAAUGCGGGAAGAGCUUUGCUCACAGCAUCAGCCUUAAGCAGCAUCAAACAAUUCACACUGGGGAGAAGCCCUAUAAAUGCUUUGAGUGCGGGAAGAGCUUUGCUCGCAGAGAAGCACUUAUGCUGCAUCAAAGAAUUCACACUGGGGAGAAGCCCUAUAAAUGCUUAGAAUGCAGGAAGAGCUUUGCUCACAGAAUCAGCCUUAAGCGGCAUCAAAGAAUUCACACUGGGGAGAAGCCCUAUAAAUGCUUUGAGUGUGGGAAGACCUUUGCUCAGAGGACACACCUUAAGCAGCAUCAAAGAAUUCACACUGCAGAGAAGCCCUAUAAAUGCUUUGAGUGCGGGAAGAGUUUUGCUCACAGCAUCAGCCUUAAGCGGCAUCAAACAAUUCACACUGGGGAGAAGCCCUAUAAAUGCUUUGAGUGUGGGAAGACCUUUGCUCAGAGGACACAGCUUAAGCUGCAUCAAAGAAUUCACACUGGGGAGAAGCCCAAUAAAUGCUUAGAGUGCGGGAAGAGCUUUGCUCACAUAAUCAGCCUUAAGCGGCAUCAAAGAAUUCACACUGGAAAGAAGCCUUAUAAAUGCUUAGAGUGCGGGAAGAGCUUUGCUGACAGCAUCAGCCUUAAGCAGCAUCAAAGAAUUCACACUGGGGAGAAGCCCUAUAAAUGCUUAGAGUGCGGAAAGAGCUUUACUCAAUGCUCAAGCCUUAAGGAGCAUCAAAGAAUUCACACUUGGGAGAAGCCCUAUAAAUGCUUAGAAUGUGGGAAGACCUUUGCUCAGAGGACACAGCUUAAGCAGCAUCAAGUAAUUCACACAGGGGAGAAGCCCUAUAAAUGCUUUGAGUGCGGGAAGAGCUUUGCUCGCAGAGAAGCACUUAUACUGCAUCAAAGAAUUCACACUGGGGAGAAGCCCUAUAAAUGCUUUGAGUGCGGGAAGAGCUUUGCUCAGAGCAUCAGCCUUAAGCGGCAUCAAAGAAUUCACACUGGGGAGAAGCCCUAUAAAUGCUUUGAGUGCGGGAAGAGCUUUUCUGAAAGCAGCAAACUUAAGCGGCAUCAAACAAUUCACACUGGGGAGAAGCCCUAUAAAUGCUUUGAGUGCGGGAAGAGCUUUUCUGAAAGCAGCAAACUUAAGCGGCAUCAAAGAAUUCACACUGGGGAGAAGCCCCAUGAAUGCUUUGAGUGCAGGAAGAGCUAUGCUCGCAGAGAAACACUUAUGCUGCAUCAAAGAAUUCACACUGGGGAGAAGCCCUAGAAAUGCUUUGAGUGCGAGAAGAGCUUUGCUCAGAGCAGCAGCCUUAAGCUGCAUCAAAGAAUUUUAAUUCACACUGGGGAGAAGCCCUAUAAAUGCUUUGAGUGUGGGAAGAGCUUUGCUCGCAGAGAAACACUUAUGCUGCAUCAAAGAAUUCACACUGGGGAGAAGCCCUAUAAAUGCUUAGAAUGCGGGAAGAGCUUUCCUCGCAGAGAAACACUUACGCUGCAUCAAAGAAUUCACACUGGGGAGAAGCCCUAUAAAUGCUUAGAGUGCGGGAAGAGCUUUGCUCGCAGCAUCAGCCUUAAGCUGCAUCAAAUAAUUCACACUGGGGAGAAGCCCAAUAAAUGCUUAGAGUGCGGGAAGAGCCUUGCUCACAGCAUCAGCCUUAAGCUGCAUCAAAGAAUUCACACUGGGGAGAAGCCCUAUAAAUGCUUUGAGUGUGGGAAGAGCUUUGCUCAGAGGACACAGCUUAAGCUGCAUCAAAGAAUUCACACUGGGGAGAAGACCUAUAAAUGCUUAGAAUGCGGGAAGAGCUUUGCUCGCAGCAUCAGCCUUAAGCGGCAUCAAACAAUUCACACUCAGGAGAAGCCCAAUAAAUGCUUAGAGUGCGGGAAGAGCUUUGCUCACAGCAUCAGCCUUAAGCAGCAUCAAAGAAUUCACACUGGGGAGAAGCCCUAUAAAUGCUUAGAGUGCGGGAAGAGCUUUACUCAAUGCUCAAGCCUUAAGGAGCAUCAUAGAAUUCACACUGGGGAGAAGCCCUAUAAAUGCUUAGAAUGUGGGAAGACCUUUGCUCAGAGGACACAGCUUAAGCAGCAUCAAGUAAUUCACACUGGGGAGAAGCCCUAUAAAUGCUUUGAGUGCGGGAAGAGCUUUGCUCGCAGAGACACACUAAUACUGCAUCAAAGAAUUCACACUGGGGAGAAGCCCUAUAAAUGCUUAGAGUGUGGGAAGACCUUUGCUCAGAGGACACAACUUAAGCAGCAUCAAAGAAAUCACACUGGGGAGAAGCCCUAUAAAUGCUUUGAGUGCGGGAAGAGCUUUGCUCAGAGCAUCAGCCUUAAGCAGCAUCAAACAAUUCACACUGGGGAGAAGCCCUAUAAAUGCUUAGAGUGCGGAAAGAGCUUUACUCAAUGCUCAAGCCUUAAGGAGCAUCAUAGAAUUCACACUGGGGAGAAGCCCUAUAAAUGCUUAGAAUGUGGGAAGAGCUUUGCUCAGAGCAUCAGCCUUAAGCGGCAUCAAAGAAUUCACACUGGGGAGAAGCCCUAUAAAUGCUUAGAGUGCGGGAAGAGCUUUGCUCAGAGCAUCAACCUUAAGCGGCAUCAAAUAAUUCACACUGGGGAGAAGCCCUAUAAAUGCUUUGAGUGCGAGAAGAGCUUUGCUCAGAGCAGCAGCCUUAAGCUGCAUCAAAGAAUUUUAAUUCACACUGGGGAGAAGCCCUAUAAAUGCUUUGAGUGUGGGAAGAGCUUUGCUCGCAGAGAAACACUUAUGCUGCAUCAAAGAAUUCACACUGGGGAGAAGCCCUAUAAAUGCUUAGAAUGCGGGAAGAGCUUUGCUCGCAGAGAAACACUUAUGCUGCAUCAAAGACUUCACACUGGGGAGAAGCCCUAUAAAUGCUUAGAGUGCGGGAAGAGCUUUGCUCGCAGCAUCAGCCUUAAGCUGCAUCAAAUAAUUCACACUGGGGAGAAGCCCAAUAAAUGCUUAGAGUGCGGGAAGAGCUUUGCUCACAGCAUCAGCCUUAAGCAGCAUCAAAGAAUUCACACUGGGGAGAAGCCCUAUAAAUGCUUAGAAUGCGGAAAGAGCUUUACUCAAUGCUCAAGCCUUAAGGAGCAUCAUAGAAUUCACACUGGGGAGAAGUCCUGUAAAUGCUUAGAAUGUGGGAAGACCUUUGCUCAGAGGACACAGCUUAAGCAGCAUCAAGUAAUUCACACUGGGGAGAAGCCCUAUAAAUGCUUUGAGUGCGGGAAGAGCUUUGCUCGCAGAGACACACUAAUACUGCAUCAAAGAAUUCACACUGGGGAGAAGCCCUAUAAAUGCUUAGAGUGUGGGAAGACCUUUGCUCAGAGGACACAACUUAAGCAGCAUCAAAGAAAUCACACUGGGGAGAAGCCCUAUAAAUGCUUUGAGUGCGGGAAGAGCUUUGCUCGCAGAGAAACACUUAUGCUGCAUCAAAGAAUUCACACUGGGGAGAAGCCCUAUAAAUGCUUAGAGUGCGGGAAGAGCUUUGCUCAGAGCACCAGCCUUAAGUGGCAUCAAAUAAUUCACACUGGGGAGAAGCCCUAUAAAUGCUUAGAGUGCGGGAAGAGCUUUUCUAAAAGCAGCAGCCUUAAGCAGCAUCAAAGAAUUCACACUGGGGAGGAGCCCUAUAAAUGCUUUGAGUGCGGGAAGAGCUUUGCUGACAGCAGCAAACUUAAGCAGCAUAAAAGAACUCACACUGGGGAGAAGCCCUAUAAAUGCUUUGAGUGCGGGAAGAGCUUUGCUGACAGCAGCAAACUUAAGCGGCAUCAAAGAAUUCACACUGGGGAGAAGCCCUAUAAAUGCUUAGAAUGCGGGAAGAGCUUUGCUGACAGCAUCAGCCUUAAGCGGCAUCAAACAAUUCACACUGGGGAGAAGCCCUAUAAAUGCUUAGAGUGCGGGAAGAGCUUUGCUCAGAGCACCAGCCUUAAGCGGCAUCACACAAUUCACACUGGGGAGAAGCCCUACAAAUGCUUAGAGUGCGGGAAGAGCUUUUCUGAAAGCAGCAAACUUAAGCAGCAUAAAAGAACUCACACUGGGGAGAAGCCCCAUGAAUGCUUUGAGUGCGGGAAGAGCUUUUCUGAAAGCAGCAGCCUUAAGCGGCAUCAAACAAUUCACACUGGGGAGAAGCCCUAUAAAUGCUUUGAGUGCGAGAAGAGCUUUGCUCAGAGCAGCAGCCUUAAGCUGCAUCAAAGAAUUUUAAUUCACACUGGGGAGAAGCCCUAUAAAUGCUUUGAGUGUGGGAAGAGCUUUGCUCGCAGAGAAACACUUAUGCUGCAUCAAAGAAUUCACACUGGGGAGAAGCCCUAUAAAUGCUUAGAAUGCGGGAAGAGCUUUGCUCGCAGAGAAACACUUAUGCUGCAUCAAAGACUUCACACUGGGGAGAAGCCCUAUAAAUGCUUAGAGUGCGGGAAGAGCUUUGCUCGCAGCAUCAGCCUUAAGCUGCAUCAAAUAAUUCACACUGGGGAGAAGCCCAAUAAAUGCUUAGAGUGCGGGAAGAGCUUUGCUCACAGCAUCAGCCUUAAGCAGCAUCAAAGAAUUCACACUGGGGAGAAGCCCUAUAAAUGCUUAGAGUGCGGAAAGAGCUUUACUCAAUGCUCAAGCCUUAAGGAGCAUCAUAGAAUUCACACUGGGGAGAAGUCCUGUAAAUGCUUAGAAUGUGGGAAGACCUUUGCUCAGAGGACACAGCUUAAGCAGCAUCAAGUAAUUCACACUGGGGAGAAGCCCUAUAAAUGCUUUGAGUGCGGGAAGAGCUUUGCUCGCAGAGACACACUAAUACUGCAUCAAAGAAUUCACACUGGGGAAAAGCCCUAUAAAUGCUUAGAGUGUGGGAAGACCUUUGCUCAGAGGACACAACUUAAGCAGCAUCAAAGAAAUCACACUGGGGAGAAGCCCUAUAAAUGCUUUGAGUGCGGGAAGAGCUUUGCUCGCAGAGAAACACUUAUGCUGCAUCAAAGAAUUCACACUGGGGAGAAGCCCUAUAAAUGCUUAGAGUGUGGGAAGACCUUUGCUCAGAGGACACAACUUAAGCAGCAUCAAAGAAAUCACACUGGGGAGAAGCCCUAUAAAUGCUUUGAGUGCGGGAAGAGCUUUGCUCGCAGAGAAACACUUAUGCUGCAUCAAAGAAUUCACACUGGGGAGGAGCCCUAUAAAUGCUUUGAGUGCGGGAAGAGCUUUGCUGACAGCAGCAAACUUAAGCAGCAUAAAAGAACUCACACUGGGGAGAAGCCCUAUAAAUGCUUUGAGUGCGGGAAGAGCUUUGCUGACAGCAGCAAACUUAAGCGGCAUCAAAGAAUUCACACUGGGGAGAAGCCCUAUAAAUGCUUAGAAUGCGGGAAGAGCUUUGCUGACAGCAUCAGCCUUAAGCGGCAUCAAACAAUUCACACUGGGGAGAAGCCCUAUAAAUGCUUAGAGUGCGGGAAGAGCUUUGCUCAGAGCACCAGCCUUAAGCGGCAUCACACAAUUCACACUGGGGAGAAGCCCUAUAAAUGCUUAGAGUGCGGGAAGAGCUUUUCUGAAAGCAGCAAACUUAAGCAGCAUAAAAGAACUCACACUGGGGAGAAGCCCCAUGAAUGCUUUGAGUGCGGGAAGAGCUUUUCUGAAAGCAGCAGCCUUAAGCGGCAUCAAAGAAUUCACACUGGGGAGAAGCCCUAUAAAUGCUUUGAGUGUGGGAAGAGCUUUGCUCGCAGAGAAACACUUAUGCUGCAUCAAAGAAUUCACACUGGGGAGAAGCCCUAUAAAUGCUUAGAAUGCGGGAAGAGCUUUGCUCGCAGAGAAACACUUAUGCUGCAUCAAAGAAUUCACACUGGGGAGAAGCCCUAUAAAUGCUUAGAGUGCGGGAAGAGCUUUGCUCGCAGCAUCAGCCUUAAGCUGCAUCAAAUAAUUCACACUGGGGAGAAGCCCAAUAAAUGCUUAGAGUGCGGGAAGAGCUUUGCUCACAGCAUCAGCCUUAAGCAGCAUCAAAGAAUUCACACUGGGGAGAAGCCCUAUAAAUGCUUAGAGUGCGGAAAGAGCUUUACUCAAUGCUCAAGCCUUAAGGAGCAUCAUAGAAUUCACACUGGGGAGAAGUCCUAUAAAUGCUUAGAAUGUGGGAAGACCUUUGCUCAGAGGACACAGCUUAAGCAGCAUCAAGUAAUUCACACUGGGGAGAAGCCCUAUAAAUGCUUUGAGUGCGGGAAGAGCUUUGCUCGCAGAGACACACUAAUACUGCAUCAAAGAAUUCACACUGGGGAGAAGCCCUAUAAAUGCUUAGAGUGUGGGAAGACCUUUGCUCAGAGGACACAACUUAAGCAGCAUCAAAGAAAUCACACUGGGGAGAAGCCCUAUAAAUGCUUUGAGUGCGGGAAGAGCUUUGCUCGCAGAGACACACUAAUACUGCAUCAAAGAAUUCACACUGGGGAGAAGCCCUAUAAAUGCUUAGAGUGUGGGAAGACCUUUGCUCAGAGGACACAACUUAAGCAGCAUCAAAGAAAUCACACUGGGGAGAAGCCCUAUAAAUGCUUUGAGUGCGGGAAGAGCUUUGCUCAGAGCAUCAGCCUUAAGCGGCAUCAAACAAUUCACACUGGGGAGAAGCCCUAUAAAUGCUUUGAGUGCGGGAAGAGCUUUGCUCAGAGCAUCAGCCUUAAGCGGCAUCAAAUAAUUCACACUGGGGAGAAGCCCUAUAAAUGCUUAGAGUGCGGGAAGAGCUUUUCUAAAAGCAGCAGCCUUAAGCAGCAUCAAAGAAUUCACACUGGGGAGGAGCCCUAUAAAUGCUUUGAGUGCGGGAAGAGCUUUGCUGACAGCAGCAAACUUAAGCAGCAUAAAAGAACUCACACUGGGGAGAAGCCCUAUAAAUGCUUUGAGUGCGGGAAGAGCUUUGCUGACAGCAUCAGCCUUAAGCGGCAUCAAACAAUUCACACUGGGGAGAAGCCCUAUAAAUGCUUUGAGUGCGGGAAGAGCUUUUCUGAAAGCAGCAAACUUAAGCAGCAUAAAAGAACUCACACUGGGGAGAAGCCCCAUGAAUGCUUUGAGUGCAGGAAGAGCUUUUCUGAAAGCAGCAGCCUUAAGCGGCAUCAAACAAUUCACACUGGGGAGAAGCCCUAUAAAUGCUUUGAGUGCGAGAAGAGCUUUGCUCAGAGCAGCAGCCUUAAGCUGCAUCAAAGAAUUUUAAUUCACACUGGGGAGAAGCCCUAUAAAUGCUUUGAGUGUGGGAAGAGCUUUGCUCAGAGGACACAGCUUAAGCUGCAUCAUAGAAUUCACACUGGGGAGAAGUCCUGUAAAUGCUUAGAAUGUGGGAAGACCUUUGCUCAGAGGACACAGCUUAAGCAGCAUCAAGUAAUUCACACUGGGGAGAAGCCCUAUAAAUGCUUUGAGUGCGGGAAGAGCUUUGCUCGCAGAGACACACUAAUACUGCAUCAAAGAAUUCACACUGGGGAGAAGCCCUAUAAAUGCUUAGAGUGUGGGAAGACCUUUGCUCAGAGGACACAACUUAAGCAGCAUCAAAGAAAUCACACUGGGGAGAAGCCCUAUAAAUGCUUUGAGUGCGGGAAGAGCUUUGCUCGCAGAGAAACACUUAUGCUGCAUCAAAGAAUUCACACUGGGGAGAAGCCCUAUAAAUGCUUAGAGUGCGGGAAGAGCUUUGCUCAGAGCACCAGCCUUAAGUGGCAUCAAAUAAUUCACACUGGGGAGAAGCCCUAUAAAUGCUUAGAGUGCGGGAAGAGCUUUUCUAAAAGCAGCAGCCUUAAGCAGCAUCAAAGAAUUCACACUGGGGAGGAGCCCUAUAAAUGCUUUGAGUGCGGGAAGAGCUUUGCUGACAGCAGCAAACUUAAGCAGCAUAAAAGAACUCACACUGGGGAGAAGCCCUAUAAAUGCUUUGAGUGCGGGAAGAGCUUUGCUGACAGCAGCAAACUUAAGCGGCAUCAAAGAAUUCACACUGGGGAGAAGCCCUAUAAAUGCUUAGAAUGCGGGAAGAGCUUUGCUGACAGCAUCAGCCUUAAGCGGCAUCAAACAAUUCACACUGGGGAGAAGCCCUAUAAAUGCUUAGAGUGCGGGAAGAGCUUUGCUCAGAGCACCAGCCUUAAGCGGCAUCACACAAUUCACACUGGGGAGAAGCCCUACAAAUGCUUAGAGUGCGGGAAGAGCUUUUCUGAAAGCAGCAAACUUAAGCAGCAUAAAAGAACUCACACUGGGGAGAAGCCCCAUGAAUGCUUUGAGUGCGGGAAGAGCUUUUCUGAAAGCAGCAGCCUUAAGCGGCAUCAAACAAUUCACACUGGGGAGAAGCCCUAUAAAUGCUUUGAGUGCGAGAAGAGCUUUGCUCAGAGCAGCAGCCUUAAGCUGCAUCAAAGAAUUUUAAUUCACACUGGGGAGAAGCCCUAUAAAUGCUUUGAGUGUGGGAAGAGCUUUGCUCGCAGAGAAACACUUAUGCUGCAUCAAAGAAUUCACACUGGGGAGAAGCCCUAUAAAUGCUUAGAAUGCGGGAAGAGCUUUGCUCGCAGAGAAACACUUAUGCUGCAUCAAAGACUUCACACUGGGGAGAAGCCCUAUAAAUGCUUAGAGUGCGGGAAGAGCUUUGCUCGCAGCAUCAGCCUUAAGCUGCAUCAAAUAAUUCACACUGGGGAGAAGCCCAAUAAAUGCUUAGAGUGCGGGAAGAGCUUUGCUCACAGCAUCAGCCUUAAGCAGCAUCAAAGAAUUCACACUGGGGAGAAGCCCUAUAAAUGCUUAGAAUGCGGAAAGAGCUUUACUCAAUGCUCAAGCCUUAAGGAGCAUCAUAGAAUUCACACUGGGGAGAAGUCCUGUAAAUGCUUAGAAUGUGGGAAGACCUUUGCUCAGAGGACACAGCUUAAGCAGCAUCAAGUAAUUCACACUGGGGAGAAGCCCUAUAAAUGCUUUGAGUGCGGGAAGAGCUUUGCUCGCAGAGACACACUAAUACUGCAUCAAAGAAUUCACACUGGGGAGAAGCCCUAUAAAUGCUUAGAGUGUGGGAAGACCUUUGCUCAGAGGACACAACUUAAGCAGCAUCAAAGAAAUCACACUGGGGAGAAGCCCUAUAAAUGCUUUGAGUGCGGGAAGAGCUUUGCUCGCAGAGAAACACUUAUGCUGCAUCAAAGAAUUCACACUGGGGAGAAGCCCUAUAAAUGCUUAGAGUGCGGGAAGAGCUUUGCUCAGAGCACCAGCCUUAAGUGGCAUCAAAUAAUUCACACUGGGGAGAAGCCCUAUAAAUGCUUAGAGUGCGGGAAGAGCUUUUCUAAAAGCAGCAGCCUUAAGCAGCAUCAAAGAAUUCACACUGGGGAGGAGCCCUAUAAAUGCUUUGAGUGCGGGAAGAGCUUUGCUGACAGCAGCAAACUUAAGCAGCAUAAAAGAACUCACACUGGGGAGAAGCCCUAUAAAUGCUUUGAGUGCGGGAAGAGCUUUGCUGACAGCAGCAAACUUAAGCGGCAUCAAAGAAUUCACACUGGGGAGAAGCCCUAUAAAUGCUUAGAAUGCGGGAAGAGCUUUGCUGACAGCAUCAGCCUUAAGCGGCAUCAAACAAUUCACACUGGGGAGAAGCCCUAUAAAUGCUUAGAGUGCGGGAAGAGCUUUGCUCAGAGCACCAGCCUUAAGCGGCAUCACACAAUUCACACUGGGGAGAAGCCCUACAAAUGCUUAGAGUGCGGGAAGAGCUUUUCUGAAAGCAGCAAACUUAAGCAGCAUAAAAGAACUCACACUGGGGAGAAGCCCCAUGAAUGCUUUGAGUGCGGGAAGAGCUUUUCUGAAAGCAGCAGCCUUAAGCGGCAUCAAACAAUUCACACUGGGGAGAAGCCCUAUAAAUGCUUUGAGUGCGAGAAGAGCUUUGCUCAGAGCAGCAGCCUUAAGCUGCAUCAAAGAAUUUUAAUUCACACUGGGGAGAAGCCCUAUAAAUGCUUUGAGUGUGGGAAGAGCUUUGCUCGCAGAGAAACACUUAUGCUGCAUCAAAGAAUUCACACUGGGGAGAAGCCCAAUAAAUGCUUAGAGUGCGGGAAGAGCUUUGCUCACAGCAUCAGCCUUAAGCUGCAUCAAACAAUUCACACUGGGGAGAAGCCCUAUAAAUGCUUUGAGUGUGGGAAGAGCUUUGCUCAGAGGACACAGCUUAAGCUGCAUCAAAGAAUUCACACUGGGGAGAAGCCCUAUAAAUGCUUAGAAUGCGGGAAGAGCUUUGCUCGCAGCAUCAGCCUUAAGCGGCAUCAAACAAUUCACACUGGGGAGAAGCCCUAUAAAUGCUUAGAGUGCGGAAAGAGCUUUACUCAAUGCUCAAGCCUUAAGGAGCAUCAUAGAAUUCACACUGGGGAGAAGCCCUAUAAAUGCUUAGAAUGUGGGAAGACCUUUGCUCAGAGGACACAGCUUAAGCAGCAUCAAGUAAUUCACAUUGGGGAGAAGCCCUAUAAAUGCUUAGAAUGUGGGAAGACCUUUGCUCAGAGGACACAGCUUAAGCAGCAUCAAGUAAUUCACACUGGGGAGAAGCCCUAUAAAUGCUUAGAGUGUGGGAAGACCUUUGCUCACAGGACACAACUUAAGCAGCAUCAAAGAAAUCACACUGGGGAGAAGCCCUAUAAAUGCUUUGAGUGCGGGAAGAGCUUUGCUCAGAGCAUCAGCCUUAAGCGGCAUCAAACAAUUCACACUGGGGAGAAGCCCUAUAAAUGCUUAGAGUGCGGGAAGAGCUUUGCUCAGAGCAGCAGCCUUAAGCGGCAUCAAAUAAUUCACACUGGGGAGAAGCCCUAUAAAUGCUUUGAGUGCGGGAAGAGCUUUGCUCAGAGCAUCAGCCUUAAGCGGCAUCAAACAAUUCACACUGGGGAGAAGCCCCAUGAAUGCUUUGAGUGCGGGAAGAGCUUUUCUGAAAGCAGCAGCCUUAAGCGGCAUCAAACAAUUCACACUGGGGAGAAGCCCUAUAAAUGCUUAGAAUGCGGGAAGAGCUUUUCUAAAAGCAGCAACCUUAAAAAGCAUCAAGCAAUUCACACUGGGGAGAAGCCCUAUAAAUGCUUAGAAUGUGGGAAGACCUUUGCUCAGAGGACACAUCUUAAGCAGCAUCAAGUAAUUCACACUGGGGAGAAGCCCUAUAAAUGCUUUGAGUGCGGGAUGAGCUUUUCUAGAAGCAGAAGCCUUAAGCAGCAUCAAAGAAUUCACACUGGGGAGGAGCCCUAUAAAUGCUUUGAGUGCGGGAAGAGCUUAGCUGACAGCAGCAAACUUAAGCAGCAUAAAAGAACUCACACUGGGGAGGAUCCCUAUAAAUGCUUUGAGUGCGGGAAGAGCUUUUCUGAAAGCAGCAAACUUAAGCAGCAUAAAAGAACUCACACUGGGGAGAAGCCCCAUGAAUGCUUUGAGUGCAGGAAGAGCUUUUCUGAAAGCAGCAACCUUAAGCGGCAUCAAAGAAUUCACACUGGGGAGAAGCCCUAUAAAUGCUUUGAGUGCGGGAAGAGCUUUUCUGAAAGCAGCAAACUUAAGCGGCAUCAAACAAUUCACACUGGGGAGAAGCCCUAUAAAUGCUUUGAGUGCGAGAAGAGCUUUGUUCAGAGCAGCAGCCUUAAGCUGCAUCAAAGAAUUUUAAUUCACACUGGGGAGAAGCCCAAUAAAUGCUUAGAGUGCGGGAAGAGCUUUGCUCACAGCAUCAGCCUUAAGCUGCAUCAAACAAUUCACACUGGGGAGAAGCCCUAUAAAUGCUUUGAGUGUGGGAAGAGCUUUGCUCAGAGGACACAGCUUAAGCUGCAUCAAAGAAUUCACACUGGGGAGAAGCCCUAUAAAUGCUUAGAAUGCGGGAAGAGCUUUGCUCGCAGCAUCAGCCUUAAGCGGCAUCAAACAAUUCACACUGGGGAGAAGCCCUAUAAAUGCUUAGAGUGCGGAAAGAGCUUUACUCAAUGCUCAAGCCUUAAGGAGCAUCAUAGAAUUCACACUGGGGAGAAGCCCUAUAAAUGCUUAGAAUGUGGGAAGACCUUUGCUCAGAGGACACAGCUUAAGCAGCAUCAAGUAAUUCACAUUGGGGAGAAGCCCUAUAAAUGCUUAGAAUGUGGGAAGACCUUUGCUCAGAGGACACAGCUUAAGCAGCAUCAAGUAAUUCACACUGGGGAGAAGCCCUAUAAAUGCUUAGAGUGUGGGAAGACCUUUGCUCACAGGACACAACUUAAGCAGCAUCAAAGAAAUCACACUGGGGAGAAGCCCUAUAAAUGCUUUGAGUGCGGGAAGAGCUUUGCUCAGAGCAUCAGCCUUAAGCGGCAUCAAACAAUUCACACUGGGGAGAAGCCCUAUAAAUGCUUAGAGUGCGGGAAGAGCUUUGCUCAGAGCAUCAGCCUUAAGCGGCAUCAAAUAAUUCACACUGGGGAGAAGCCCUAUAAAUGCUUUGAGUGCGGGAAGAGCUUUGCUCAGAGCAUCAGCCUUAAGCGGCAUCAAACAAUUCACACUGGGGAGAAGCCGUAUAAAUGCUUAGAGUGCGGGAAGAGCUUUGCUCAGAGCAUCAGCCUUAAGCGGCAUCAAACAAUUCACACUGGGGAGAAGCCCUAUAAAUGCUUAGAAUGCGGGAAGAGCUUUUCUAAAAGCAGCAACCUUAAAAAGCAUCAAGCAAUUCACACUGGGGAGAAGCCCUAUAAAUGCUUAGAAUGUGGGAAGACCUUUGCUCAGAGGACACAUCUUAAGCAGCAUCAAGUAAUUCACACUGGGGAGAAGCCCUAUAAAUGCUUUGAGUGCGGGAUGAGCUUUUCUAGAAGCAGAAGCCUUAAGCAGCAUCAAAGAAUUCACACUGGGGAGGAGCCCUAUAAAUGCUUUGAGUGCGGGAAGAGCUUAGCUGACAGCAGCAAACUUAAGCAGCAUAAAAGAACUCACACUGGGGAGGAUCCCUAUAAAUGCUUUGAGUGCGGGAAGAGCUUUUCUGAAAGCAGCAAACUUAAGCAGCAUAAAAGAACUCACACUGGGGAGAAGCCCUAUAAAUGCUUUGAGUGCGAGAAGAGCUUUUCUGACAGCGGCAACCUUAAGCGGCAUCAAAGAAUUCACACUGGGGAGAAGCCCUAUAAAUGCUUUGAGUGCGGGAAGAGCUUUUCUGACAGCGGCAACCUUAAGCGGCAUCAAACAAUUCACACUGGGGAGAAGCCCUAUAAAUGCUUUGAGUGCGAGAAGAGCUUUGCUCAGAGCAGCAGCCUUAAGCUGCAUCAAAGAAUUUUG